CUUUAUAUAUACAUAACUUUAUAAAACAUGUCUGACGAUGAAGGAAACAACUAUGGUACCCGUGCUGACGGACCUAUUCAAUUCGGUAACCAUAUCUCUUUGAAACACAACAUGACCGGUCGUUACUUGGCUGCCGAGGAUGGUAACAUCUAUGAAGAAGGCAGUGGUCAACAAAAGGCUUAUGCCGCUGGUUGGGAACCUUCUUCCGAUACUACUUUUAUUGUCAUCCCUCGUAUCGGUGAAGACAUUGAAGCCGGUGUCGACGUCAACUUUGGUGAUGUCAUUCGUCUCAAGCACUUGAAUACAAGAUUGAACCUUCAUUCUCAUCCUGGUUUCGCAAGUCCCAUUACCGGUCAACAAGAAGUUACUUGUUACGGUGAUGACUAUACCAAUGACGAAAACGACGAAUGGAUCGUUGAACAAUGGACCUUUGAUGAGGAGGAAAACGACCAGUUUGACGUUGAGGAUGCUACCUGGUACACUGACCGUUCCUUCUUCCUCCGUCACGCUACCACCGGUUUAACCUUGCAUAGUCAUGAUGAACUUCUUAACGAAGACCAUAACGAAGUCACUUGCUUCGGUGAUGGACCCGAUGAGAAUGACAGAUGGCGUGUCAGCUUCUAAAAAUUAUAAAAUAUACCUUUGUAAUUGAUAAAUAAAAGUGAUCAUUUUACUUCUUUA